AUUGAAGCUAUGAUGUGGUCAACUGAAAGGUCUUCUUUCAGUUUUAUACUGUUCACAAUCGUGUCAGAAUUGUAUCUCAAACCCGUCACUCAUCACCUCCAACAGCAUUGAACAGCGUUGAAAAGUUGAGACGUUUUAUUUGCAAAUAUGGAAGCCCAAAAGUCAAAAUCAGAGAACGAGACUAUGAACCCAGAGGCCUAUGAUGUGAAGGGAAAGAACGCGAUCGUCACAGGCGCUGGAUCCGGAAUCAACUUUUCCUUUGCAGCCCUCCUUUUAAGCCGUGGCUGCAAUGUCCUCAUCGCUGACCUGUCUCUUCGACCUGAGGCCAAGGCUCUCCUUUCCCAAUACUCCGAUCAGCCUCGCGCGGUGUUCCUUGAGACCGACGUGACGAACUGGCCACAGCUCGAACGAAUGUUCUCCGUCUGCACACAAGAGUUUGGGGAGGUAGAUAUUGUUUGUCCAGGCGCAGGAAUUUACGAUCCGCACUGGAGCAACUUCUGGCACCCCCCAGGUGUCCCUGGUGGAGAAAGUAGGGAUACGGCGGAUGGAGGACGGUACGCGACGCUGGAUAUAAACAUCACUCACCCCAUUCGUGCCACACAACUUGCUAUACGGCAUUUCCUGAACCCUCCGCCCGAGAAAGCCAAAGUGAGUGUCGACAAACCGAAGAGAGUGGUCAUCAUCAGUAGCGUCGCAGGCCAGAUCAGCAACUUACACACACCACUCUAUAACGCAGCCAAACACGCCAUGAACGGAUUUAUCCGCUCUCUCGGGCCCCUUGACGCGAAAUUCGGGAUUAGAGUGAACGGCGUAGCACCAGGCAUAAUCAAAACACCGCUGUGGACUGAACAUCCAGAGAAGAUGACGUUCUUGGACGAGAAUAAGGAUAAAUGGGCCACGCCUGAGGAGGUAGCAGAGGCAAUGGUGAGAUGUCUCGAGGAGUCUGAUCUGGGUGGGGGGACUAUACUCGAGGUUGGAGCCACACAGACAAGACUUGUAGAAGCGUUGAAUGAUCCAGGGCCGAGUGGUGCGGGACAUACGGCUAGUAAUUUACAGGAGCAGUACAACGAAGUGUAUGACUGGCUGGGGGAUGGAAACUGGGGUGUUGGGAAGGCGGACGUGUAGAUGUACGGGCUAGUAUGAGUAGCGUGGGUGAUAUCUGUUCAAUAGUCUGUUUCUGACGGUAUUGGAAUUCAAAGAUUUCCU